GAGAGAAGGAAGAAGAAGAUUGUGAUGGCACUGAAGGAGAUCCACGACAAGACCUGCAUCCGUUGGGUUCCACGGAGCAAUGAAACGGACUAUGUCGUUUUCAUUCGAGACGAAGGGUGUUACUCGCACGUAGGCAGGGUAGGAGGUCGCCAAAAUGUCUCCCUAGGCGAAGGAUGCCUUUACCAUGGAACGGUUCUUCAUGAAAUGGGACAUGCCCUUGGCUACGAGCACGAGCACAUGCGCUCAGACAGGGACAAGUAUCUCACUGUUUACAAGGAGAACAUCCUACAAGAUGAGCUGGACCAGUUCACCAAACUGAAACCACGAUCGAAUCGCCUUCUCACGCCGUUCGACUACGACUCUGUCAUGCUCUACGGCUCAACCGUGUUUGGCAAAGAGGAAGAUUCAAUAACAAUGACCAAGAAAGAUGGAGGAAUACUGGUGGAGACCUAUGACAAGACUGAACUCUCCCCUAGUGAUGUGACGGAAAUGAACCUACUCUACAAGUGUCCCGGAACACGCGCCAAGAGCGACGUGGCAAAAAGAAAGCGCACGGGAUAGGGGAGAU